AAACUGUGCCGUGUUAUCGGCGAGCUUGGUAUCUAGACAUCUGAGCAUGAUUCCGUGACAUCGCGCACUCCACUCUGCAACUUACAGGCGUUCACGUACUCCUCAUGCGCCUUCUCCCUUGCGUCACGCGCAUCGAGUGCAGACAAAUAUUCCGCCAGGGGAUCACUCAUGGCGGCAGGUAGGGUCGCGAGAGAUCAAGGGAGAUACGAGCCGUCUCUAUCGCUAUCAUGGUGGUGUGCUACGUGGGAGUAGGCUGAAGGUGGGCACCAUGGACGAUUGCGGGUGCGGAGGUCGUCACUGCUCCGAUUCGACUCUACCCCUGCUAGCGCCGACAGGAAAGUUCCAUCUCCAGCUAUCCCACGUCACUACUCAAACUUCUUCACUUCCGUUCACUCGUUUCCCACAACUUACACACAAUCGUCCAGCAUGCCGCCUACGCACCACAUCUCCGGUACCUCUCGUGCCCUCUACCGUGUCUUCAUCGCUCCGAAUCUGCGCAACACGACAUCAAUCCCACUCCUCUACGCCCCAGCUUUUGCGCCAACUUCGUCUCCGAACUCUCUCUCCUCGUCCACGCCCAGUCUCACGAGCCGAACAACAACCCGCGGGAUAAAAUACACAAAAGAUACCCGCCGCCAUGCCAUCUCAGACUACUACGUCAUCGACAAAGCCAUCGAAGCUGACUUUAUAAACCUCGUCGACGAAGAGGGUGCCAUUCACAAGAACGUCCCUCUGCAGGAGGCGCUGUCAAGCAUAAACAAAGUCACCCAUCACGUUGUACAAAUGGUACCUGGGAAGUACGAUCAAGAUGGCUUCCUAGAUCCAGAGAGCUUGCCGACAUGCCGCGUUAUUUCCAAAAUUAACCUACGCGCCCAACACCAAAAGAAACUGGACACAAUGCGACGGCAAGCCAAGGGACUGAGUGCGGGGUCAGGACUUUCUUCAAAAACGUUGGAGUUGAAUUGGGCAAUUGCGCCGGGGGAUCUGAAGCAUAGACUGGCUGCCAUGAAGAAGUUCCUGAAGGAAGGGCGCAAAGUGGAGGUUAUGCUUGGGCCGAAGAAGGCUGGUAGGAAAGCGACGCUGGAAGAGGCGGAUGCGGUAAUGAAGGCCAUUGACGAAGCGGUGGAAGAGUGCAAGGGUUCGCGAGAGACUAAGCGCGAGGGACAGGUUGGAGGUAUCCUGAAGGUUACAUACGAGGGUAAGAAGAUUGAGAAGGAGAACAAGUCGAAAGAUGCAGAGGCGUGAGGAUGGUCCAACGUGAUCUGGAUGAACGAACCUUCAGAAAAAGUACCGCAGGUGCACGAGCAAAAUGCCGAGCCGCGGACAGCUCAACUCAAUACGAAAGAAGCGAAGAUGGGGAAGGA